CAAGCAUGGAAGAGGGUAGGCGGCGAUGGAUCGGACGGCAAGAGAGAAAAUGCACUUAUUGGCCAGCGUCUGCGUGCUCAUAUUGAUCGGCGGCGGUGGCUGUAGAGUGUCUACCAGUGUCUACGGGUGGGACGACACCUGAAACCUGUCGAAAAAUGCAUUUUUCUCUGCGGCUCGCGCGUCUCCUCCUCGUCUCCGCUGUUUUUUGCGUUGGUCUCUGUUCCGAAGAUGAGGAGAGGUUGGUGCGAGAUCUGUUCCGUGGGUACAACAAACUCAUCAGGCCCGUGCAGAAUAUGACGGAGAAAGUGCACGUGAAUUUCGGUCUUGCCUUCGUGCAACUGAUCAACGUGAACGAGAAGAACCAAAUUAUGAAGUCGAACGUAUGGCUGAGAUUCAUCUGGACGGAUUAUCAGCUGCAAUGGGACGAGGCAGACUAUGGUGGAAUCGGAGUUCUCAGACUGCCGCCUGACAAGGUGUGGAAACCAGACAUUGUAUUGUUCAACAACGCCGACGGCAACUACGAGGUGCGUUACAAGAGCAACGUUCUCAUCUAUCCGAACGGCGACGUGCUGUGGGUACCGCCAGCGAUUUACCAGAGUUCCUGCACCAUCGACGUGACGUAUUUCCCUUUCGAUCAGCAAACCUGCAUCAUGAAGUUCGGAUCGUGGACGUUCAACGGCGACCAGGUCUCUCUAGCCUUGUACAACAAUAAGAAUUUCGUCGAUCUGUCCGACUAUUGGAAGAGCGGCACCUGGGACAUCAUCAGCGUCCCGGCUUACCUAAACACCUACAAGGGCGAUUUCCCAACGGAGACGGACAUCACGUUCUACAUCAUCAUCAGGCGGAAAACCUUGUUCUACACGGUGAAUCUUAUUCUCCCGACCGUGCUCAUCUCCUUUCUCUGCGUGCUGGUGUUCUACCUUCCGGCAGAGGCCGGCGAGAAAGUGACGCUGGGUAUCAGCAUUCUGCUGUCGCUGGUCGUGUUUCUGUUACUGGUCAGCAAGAUUCUGCCACCGACGUCUCUGGUGCUGCCGCUGAUCGCCAAAUACCUGCUGUUCACAUUCAUCAUGAACACGGUCAGCAUCCUCGUCACCGUGAUCAUCAUCAACUGGAACUUCCGCGGGCCGAGGACCCACCGAAUGCCGCAGCUGAUCAGGAAGAUAUUCCUCAAGUAUUUGCCGACGAUCCUGCUGAUGAGAAGACCGAAGAAAACGCGUCUCCGAUGGAUGAUGGAGAUACCAAACGUCACACUGCCGACGUCCACCUAUUCCGGAAGCCCGACCGAGUUGCCGAAACAUUUGCCAGCCUCGUUGACCAAGUCGAAGAUGGAAGUAUUUCUGGUACAUUUGUGCUGCUCGUGUCGAGUAAUUUUACGAUAUAUAAUGCCUCGUCGUUCACGCGUGUUUCAGACGCGAGAGGAUUGGAAGUACGUGGCCAUGGUGAUCGAUCGACUGCAGCUCUACAUUUUCUUCCUCGUCACCUCCGCAGGCACCGUCGGCAUCCUCAUGGACGCACCUCACAUCUUCGAGUACGUGGACCAGGAUCGUAUCAUAGAGAUCUACCGUGGA